AUGGGAGGAUGGAGACCCAUAACAUCCAUCAUCAUCACACAGGUGAGACCUGGGAACAUUUUUGGCACAGUUUUACGCAAAUAGUGUAUCUUGAUAGUAUGGAUAUUGUGUAGACUUAGGUAUGUUCGCUGGUUAUAAUUUUACGCAUGAUUGUAGUUUUACGCAUGCAUUUUACGCAUGACGUUUAACAGAAUUGAGGCACAACUUAAUUACUUCUAAAUAAGCAUAAUUCGUUGCUGUUGUUUUAUGAUAGAAUAGGCUACGAGGAAUGGAGACAUUCAAUGUACUUGGGAAUGAAAUCUCUCCGGGAGACGCGCUACCGGGGCCGUCACACAACGAGAUCGUUUGGAGCUUGUCACCUUCACCGGACAACGGACCAUCACCUGUCUCCGAGCUCUCCUUCAGCCUAAGGAACCUCCGAUGCCACGACGGCGCGUGAGUACACACACAAGCUAUAGAAAGCUGUGUGUCGGCUAGGAGAUGGGGAAUAAUAGAAGUAAGACAAUGUGGGCACUUUGGGACCUUGUGCGCAGCAGAGCGACUGGAGACUAUCAAGUCCAGUUGUAAUAUAGUUGAACAUAUUUUGAUCUUUGUUAGUAAAAAAAAAUAAACGUCCAUUUCAUACUCCACAGCGACACCCCGCGCAGAAAGCUGCGACUGACGCCGGAGCUAGUGACUCCCAGUCACCCGGGACCCACGCCGAGUUCAACGUGGGGCAGAGGGCUUGCCCCCCCGGGAGAGGGGACGCCGACAGGUCUGGGCAAGCUCUGCGUCUGGAUGACUGAUGGGGAAAUAGCCUAAUGAAUGAUUAGCGGGUUCCUCACGGCUUGAUGACGCUGGGUAGAGUUAGAAUACAUCAGAGACAGAACUCAACUAUUGGUUCCAUCCCAAAUGGAACACUGUUCACGACAUAGUGCACUACUUUUGACUAGAGCCCAAUAUAGGUCCUGGUCAAAGGUAGUGCACUAUAUAGGGAAUAGGGUGCAAUUUGGGACAUAAACAUUGAGAUUUAAAUCCAGUUUGUCCAGAAUUAAAAUCUCAGUUUGUAUAUCACUUUUCAGGUUGUGAAUCAUUUACAUGUGUAGCUUCCCUUUUGAUAAAUAAAUUACUCUAAAACAUUUUAAGUCAGAUUUUUUUCACAAUAUUCUGUCUAUGUAGGUAACAUCCUGACAGAAUCCGGGAACAGGAGAAGGGGAGAGAGGUGAGGACACAUGGAUUCUAUAAGCAACAAUUGCAUAAGGUGAAUGUACCAAUUUGUAAGUCGCUCUGGAUAAGAGCGUCUUGUAAAUGACGAAAAUGUAAAUGUAAUUGCUAAGUUAUUAUUAGGUGCCUACAAAUCACAGGCGUCUGGUGGCACCUUAAUUGGGGAGGACAGCUCAUAGUAAUGGCUGGAACUUUCCAGGUGUUUGAUACCAUUCCAUUGAUGCCAUUCCAGCCAUUAUUAUGAGCUGUCCUCCCCUCAGCAGCCUCCUGUCUGCGGUCUGAAUUACAUUUUCAAUCAUUGUUUUACCAUUUACUUUAUAGGUUUCUCUCCCCUGCACGUUCUGCUCCUAAAAUGGUGAGUAUUUACAAUGAAACUGAGGGAAUAACACUGGCACUGGAAUUGGAACAGAGUGACCUGACUGGAAAAACUCUGUGCUCUAACUAUAUUCAAUAACAUCAUCAUGUGAUGUUCUGGUUCUGGUUGUCCAGAAGCGUCUGCGUGUGAAGCUGUCGUCCCGGUUCUGCAGCGCUGUAGUUCAGAGGUCAGACCCAGGGGUCAGGGGUCUCAGGUGUCAAGGUCAAAGGUCACCGCCAGGAGAUGGAGCCUUGCGUGUCCAUCAGGGUGACGUGGAGCUGCCAGAUGUUGAGGUGAGAUCCAUUUGCAGUGUUCCAAUUUUCUACACUGCUCUCUGAAGUGUGCACCACCAUAUUUCUUACAUCAAGGGGAGGGAACAAGUGCACACUUCGGGGAGGGGGAUAGAGAAUGAUAAACAUAGGAUCCCCCUGUAAACCUGGGGCCCAUUUGUGUCAUAUUAGUUUAAUGAAGCCUGGUUAAAGUGGCGCAGUGGUCUAAGGCACUGCAUCGCAGUGCUAGCUGUGCCACUAGAGAUCCUGGUUCGAAUCCAGGCUCUGUCGUAGCCGGCCGCGACCGGGAGACCCAUGGGGCGGCGCACAAUUGGUCCAGGGUAGGGGAGGGAAUGGCCGGCGGGGAUGUAGCUCAGUUGGUAGAGCAUGGCGUUUGCAACGCCAGGGUUGUGGGUUCGAUUCCCACGGGGGGUAUGAUAAUGUAUGCACUCACUAACUGUAAGUCGCUCUGGAUAAGAGCGUCUGCUAAAUUGACUAAAAUGUAAAUGUUAAAAACAAUGUAUCCCAUCAGGCAUUGCUCUCUGUACGGCGGUUCAAGUCCAGGAGAAGGCCAUUCCCUCCCAGUAGCCUCCUGGGUUCUACUAUGGAGGACCACACCCUGACAGGAGACUACAGCAAGGUGUGCAACCUUACAUCAACAUAUUUUUUUGCCAGCUGGGUGGUAGUAGGCUAGGACAAGCCCUUGAUUGGUUGAAUCGGGUGUGUUAGUGCUGCGCUAGAACAAUAUGUUCAUUGUGUGUGUGUGUGUGUGUGUGUGUAUGGGUGUGUGUGUGUGUCCACAGCCACUUCUGUUACCAGUGGAGAGAGUGGACCACCAGGAUCUUCACUGCAUCUCAGCCCAAACAGUAAGUCCCCUCCUUUCCUUCAUCUCUCCUUCCUUCCUUCCCUCCUUUCCUUGCUCCUCCACUCCCACUCUCUAUAUUCACCUUUAUUCUCUCUAUCAUAAAGAUAUCCACAGCACAUACAUAUGUGGGACUACAACACUGGAUACUGGACUUCAGUGCUACUAUAGCAACAUUCCUGUUAGCGAUGGUAUCUAGAGGGUAAUCUCCUACUAGUACUGUAGCCAGUUUGGUAAGCUACUGUUGUUACCAUUGCUGUGGUGAACUGGAGGUGCAUUUCUCCUGAUGGCCUGCAGGUGGCGUCUCUGCUAAGAGGACAGUACAGUGGUGCAGUGGAACACUUCCUCAUCAUAGACUGUCGCUACCCUUACGAGUACCACGGUGGACACAUCAAGGUGAUAACGUUUUUUGAGUAAACCAAAUAGAGAAAUAAACCAAAACCUCAAGCAUAAUAUUGAUUACAUUUAUUUUAUAUACAUAACAAGUUAACGACUGACCCGUCUGAUCAUUUAUUACCUAUUAUAUAGGCCUACUCAUCUGUCCUCUACAUAUAUAUUUAUGUUGUUCUCCAUGUGUCCCAUAGGGGGCAGACAACCUCCACACCGAGGCUCAGAUCCAGGGGGCUUUACUCCAGCUCCCUGCCCUCUACCAGCUCUCCUCCUGGGGCAGAGCUCCCACCAGCCCCCCUGGACAGGCUCCAGAUACAGGCGUGAGUGGUAGUUCCAUGGGUGGAGUGUUACAGAGGUUCGGCUCACAGUCACAUUCACCCGGAAGUGGUACCACGCCACCGGGACAGGGGUCACCCUUGGAGGGGUCGUCGCCUCGGAAACUGAUCGUGUUCCACUGCGAGUUCUCGUCAGAGAGGGGCCCGCGGCUGUAAGAGAAAAACACACACACUCGUCGGCACAUAGGCUGCACACACACACACACAAACAGAGAAACACACACACAUUCACACACACACGCGCCACACGCACCCCCUCACCCCACAAACAUACACAACUUCCUGAUCCUGAUCCUGGCUGUUCCCACCGUUCCCCUGUAGAUGUCAUUACCUGAGAGAGCUGGACAGAGCGCUCCAUGCCUCCCUCUACCCUCUGCUCUUCUACCCUGAGCUCUACCUGCUGGAGGGGGGCUACAGAUACUUCUACUCCUGCUACCCGGUACGGUUCCUAUGUACAUCAUUGUUGCGAAUUCGGUGGUAGCUCUGAUCGCUGUUACUAUAACGACUUAACCAGCGUUACGCCAAGAGUGUUGUCCAGUCGCUACAAUAUGAGAUUUAAUAGGACAGUUUCUUCAUAAUCAAUGUACACUUCCUACUUAUAAUAGUAUAGCACAUUUUUUGGGGGAGUGAUAGUUACGACUGGGACUUGAACCUGGAUCCCUGUCACUCCAACAGCUUAGCUAUUGACAAGGUUGCUAAAAUCGCUACGAUAUGAACUAAAACAGUGUCUUCUUCAUAUUCAAUGUCUCAGAGUAGUGAAUCACAAACUGUCUUUUAAGCGUUUCUAAUUUUCCCUUGACCCUCUGAGUAAACCAGAGAACUGUUUCUAGUUACAACACAGAGUGUUGUUGACACAACCCUGAAGGUCUCAGCCAUGACCCCAACCCCCAUGAUUUAGACGUUAGGGGGUUAUUAGACUAUUACUGAGUCCACAUUUUCUUCUAUACAGCCUAUUCAUAAACACUUUCAAUGCAUUUUCCCUCUGUUCCUCUGUCUGCCUGCCUGCCUGCCUGUCUGUCUGUCUGUCUGUCUGCCUGCCUGCCUGCCUGCCUGUAAGUAUUUCUGUCUGUCUGCCUGCCUGUAAGUCUUUCUAUCUGUCUGCCUGUCUGUCUGUCUAUCUAUCUGCCUUUCUAGGAUCUGUGUGAGCCGCGUGGCUAUGUUCCCAUGCUCCACAGCGAGUACAGAGAGCAGCUGGGACGAUUCAGACGGAAGACCAAGUCAAGACUCCACAAGAGACCGCCGCUCUACAAGACUCACUGACUUGCUUGCAUACCAACCUUCUACGGUCCCCUUUACACAAUGGUGACUGAUACCCUUACAGUCUGCUGUCAGAUUGGUCUCAGGGAGUCGUCUAACAAUAACCCCCUGAUG